CAAUUCUCUUCCAAUAUCAACUCUCCUCUCUUAACUCACCUUUUUUUUCAAAUAGAAACAAUGCAAACCAUCGACUUUUCUUUUCAAGUACGAAAAUUCCAACCAGAAUUGAUUGCACCAGCAAAUCCUACACCCUAUGAAUUUAAACAACUUUCUGAUAUUGAUGAUCAACAAAGCUUAAGAUUUCACGCACCAUUUGUAAAUAUCUAUCAUCAUAAUCCAAGUUUGGAGGGACGAGAUCCAGUGAAGGUAAUAAAGGAGGCAAUUGGGAAGGCAUUGGUGUUUUACUAUCCUUUAGCAGGAAGAUUGAGAGAAGGGCCAGGUAGAAAGCUUUUUGUAGAAUGUACAGGUGAAGGAAUCUUGUUCAUUGAAGCGGAUGCAGAUGUUAGCUUAGAACAAUUUAGGGAUACUCUUCCAUAUUCACUUUCAAGUAUGGAGAUCAACAUUAUACAUAACGCUUUAAAUUCUGAUGGAGUCCUUAAUUCUCCAUUAUUGCUCAUUCAGGUGACAAGACUCAAGUGUGGAGGUUUCAUCUUUGGUCUUCAUUUUAAUCAUACUAUGGCAGAUGGUUUUGGCAUUGCCCAAUUCAUAAAGGCUACAGCAGAGAUAGCUCGUGGAGCUUUUGCUCCGUCUAUUUUACCAGUAUGGCAAAGAGCUCUGUUAACCGCAAGAGACCCUCCCAGAAUCACUUUUCGCCACUAUGAAUACGACCAAGUAGUCGACACGAAGAGCACCCUCAUUCCAGUCAACAACAUGAUCGAUCAAUUAUUCUUCUUUAGCCAUCUUCAAAUCUCCACCCUUCGCAAAACUUUGCCUGCCCAUCUUCACGAUUGCUCCUCCUUCGAGGUCUUCGCUGCCUAUGUUUGGCGCCUCCGUACCAUAGCCCUUCAAUUUAAACCAGAGGAGGAAGUGCGGUUUCUUUGCGUUGUGAAUAUACGCUCGAAGAUCGACAUACCAUUAGGGUAUUAUGGUAAUGCGAUAGUUGUUCCUGCAGUAAUCACCACCGUUGCGAAGCUUUGUGGGAACCCACUUGGUUAUGCUAUAGACUUGAUUAGGAAGGCUAUGGCUAAGGCGACGACGGAGUAUAUAAAGUCUAUGGUGGAUCUUAUGGUGAUUAAAGGACGACCCUGUUUAACUACAGUUGGAUCAUUUAUCAUGUCAGACCUAACGAGAAUUGGGUUCGAAAAUAUGGAUUUUGGAUGGGAGAAGGCCAUUUUUGGAGGACCUAUAACCGGAGGGUCCGGAAUUAUUCGAGGUGUGACUAGCUUUUGUAUAUCUUUCAUGAAUAGAAAUGGAGAAAAGGGAAUUGUGGUAAGUUUAUGCUUGCCUCCUCCAGCCAUGGGAAGAUUUAGGGAAAUUUUUUAUACCUCAUUGGAUGAAGUUGAUAGCCACAUGCAAACUCUUCUAUCUGCUUUGUAAUAAAUAAGGUUGUUUAGAUCGUGAACAGCAACCAAUCUUCGUUGUGCUUCCGCCACAAAAAUCCUUGGAUUUCUUCAUUUGAUUUGGGUAUCAUUUAUUUCUCAUUUUCGUUUUGGAAUCAAUCUUUGAAUUUUUGUGAUGGGUCUCUUGCAUAAACUAUUGUUGUGUUGUUUUACAGAAAGAGUAUGGAGCAUAGUUCCUCUACCACCCAACAAGAAUAAUGUAGGAUGUCGGUGGAUAUAUAAAAUUAAACACAAAAAUGAUGGAUAUGUUGAAAGGUACAAGGCGAGACUCGUUGCAAAAGGAUACUGUAUUUUGUCCUACCUUUUUUAUUUCUUUCAUUAAUUUAUUUAUUAUUUUUUAAAAGAAUUUGAAUUUGAAUUUAAAUUUUAAAUCUUAACUUUUAAUUCAUAAAUUUUAAAUUUAUGUUUUAAAACAAAAACAUAUUUAAAAUUAAAAUUUUAAAAAAAUUUCUCCUCCCUAUUUUUUCUCAACCAUCCCUCUAUUUUCGUUUUCUAUCGUCACGACACUUUGUUUUCUCAGGCUCCCACUUUCUCCCAAUCUCGCACCUUCUCCCACUAUCUCACUUUCUUGCCCUUUCUCUACUACACUCCACUUCACUAUCUAAAACUAGUGAGAAAAAUUUUUUUGCUGGGGAUUUGAUAGAGAAGGGGAACACGUAAAA